AUGCUCAAUUAUUCUUCCAGUCAUGUAUUAUUUUAUAAAGGAUGUGUUCUAAAAGAGAAUCAAAAGAUCAGAACACCAGUGAAACGAAUUGUACCUGAAGUAAAAGAGCUACUUGAAUGUAUGUUUUAUACAGGAAUAGCUAACCCUAGGCAAAAGAUAUCAGCUAAAGAGAUGCGAGAUGAAUUGUUACGCCGUAGACAUGAAGGAGAAAUUAACUUGGAUGAUAUUCCAAAUGAAUCAACUAUUUCCAACUGGAUUACAACUUUUUCACGUAAAUGGAAACAAUCUAUGGCUCUUAGGAAUAUGGAAGAAGUAGAAAAUGCCUAA